AUGAGCAACGCCCUUGGUCAUAUGCAGCAGCCUGCUGCCAGGGUUGCCGGCUGGCUGCAGACCUGUGACAAUGACCACAAAGAAUGCCAGCAGCCAUUCGACCCAGCGAGCCCUGCCAAUUACCGGCUUCGCACGUGGGACUACGCGGCUCGCUUUCCGAACCAAUACAUCCCGAAGCUGCUCUUCAGGUUGCUUGACCUUGAGCCGGGCUGCGUCAGGAACGCAAGCCUGGACGACAGGUAUGUUGCCUUCAGCUACUUUUCCUCGGACUCGGCCGCCUCCCCUUCGUUCCGGCUUACCAAGUCCGGCCCGGAGAGCGCCGCCACCAAAGGCUGGCUAGGGACUGUCCGUCCGAGUCUGGACAAGUCCGUCUCCGAUGCCAUCGAUUUUUUCCGGGUUGUGGGUGAGUGGUACUGCUGUGUCGAUGCCCUCUGUUUUGCCCGCGACCCCGGGAGGGACAAGCGCCACUGUGAGAGAAUGGUGACGUUCGUGUACCAGUCGAACGGAACAGCCCAGGACGCCGGAAGGAUCUCUGCUCCCCCUCCGCCCGGAUGGCGUCCAAGGCACUUUUACGUGGACGACUACAGGCUGCCGUAUCUCGUGAUCGAGGCCCGGACAAUUUGCCUUAGACUGAAGAUGGGCCAGCCGCCGGAAAGGGGAAGUGUAGCUAGCGACGUGCUGUCUAACCCGGCACUCCCACUGCAUUCUGCUUCGAACAAGGUUGUUAGAUUAGUGCACCCGGACAACAUGGCAGAGGCAUCGGCCGCCGCCGCCUCAAGUCCCAUUGCUGACCUUGUGGUGUUGUCUCUCUUUCGUGCACCAACCGCUGGGUUGGCCCUUGGCGAGACUACAUCGCUGUCGGGCACAGCCUGUCUGGUUUGGGUGAUGCACGUCGAGUGGAAGGAUGGGCUUGCGCAAAGGCGCGGCAUCAGGCAAAUUUUGGUGUCUGCUCUGUCCAAUGCUUUGGAACCUAGCCCUAAAGUGGUAUAGGUCAGCGAUAUCAUCGUCAAGGUUAAGGUGAAGAACCGGGGACAAUCUUCUUCUAUUCUUCUACGUUGUCGGAUCGAUAUUCCGGCGCA